AUGGAUAUUUCUAAUGAAAAGAAAAAUUUCAAUGACAUCACAUCAUCUUCAGCAGUUCUAGUUAGUGAGGCAAUUCGUAUACAACCAAAACAAGAACGAAUUCAUCAUUACUUUAUAUUUUCACUUAUUUCAAGUAUUUGUUUAUGUCCAGCAACAGGUCUUAUUGCAUUGGCUUAUUCAUUAAAAAGUUCGGCUAAAGCUGAUGUAAAUUUUCAUGAUAAAGCUCGACGUUAUUCACGUUAUGCUUUAAUUUGGAAUAUAAUUUCGGUUAUUUUGGUUAUUGCUCUGAUAUUUUUCACUGUUUUCUGUUAUGAAACAAACAGAAUGAAUACAGAUUAUUUCUAUUCCAAGUAUCAACAACAACGAUAUAAUGAUAUUCAUCGAUCAAUUCAAUCGAUUACCAAUAAUUAA